GGACGUGAGUGCUUUGCUCCUCACUUUAUCUACCAGCUCGCCGUCAGCAUAUCUAGCUGCCUUGCCUCUGUCUUCCCUUUCUCUGAGGGCUGACAUGGCGUCAGCCAGCAUUGAAGAAGUCUUGGAAGAUCUUGACAUGAGUACCUCUGACGAUGGAGGUGAUUGGCAACAACAACAACGACCAAGUAAGAAACGACGACAUAUGGAGGAGAAAUUGCGUAAAGAUAAGCAGCAGUCUAUUGAGGACAAUGGGACACCUGCGAUGGAGGAAGAAGUUAAUCAACGGAAGCGGUUGUAUUUCCCCGCUGAGGACGUGAUGACCUUAUCACAGAAGCGAGUGUGGGCGGCGCAGUUGGCAGUGAAGCAUCGUGAGUUUCGACCGUUGCUGAAGGAAGGGAUGAACCGGCCGUUCGUAACUGUGGAGGGGCAAGAAGCGCUGAACUACCUAACAACAGUUGGAUUUCAAGGUACCGUGCUUGUGGAUCAUGGCAGGAUUGAAAAGUUCACCAAAGUCUUCAUAGCGCCUUAUGACAAGGAAUUAGAUCCAGAGCUGUUGCUGACUAGCGAUGUUAAUGUUGUCUGGGCCAAGCGCCACGUGGUGAACAAGCAAGUGAAAGCGAGUGUAGUGGCACUCGUGAAGGAUGUGGUUCCAGAUCGGAUUUGGGUGCCAGGAAAUGGAUGGAGGAGAGUGAGGAAGUAUGUGGAUUUGCCGCCCAUGUGUUAUAACUGUUGCCGGUACGGACACAAGGCGUGGCGUUGUCAAUAUGACACUGUGUGCCGGUUUUGCAGUGGGAAGCAUAGUAGUAAGGUUUGUGGUGAAAAGAUCAUAAACGGCGAGAAGAUUGUACCUAAGUGUUGUAACUGUGGUGAAAACCAUAACGCAGGCUCGGCCAAGUGUGAGAAAAGACCCUCAUUAUUGGAUCAAGUGGAGUCAAAAACGCAUCGAGCUCCGAAGCAGUUUGUUCCGGCCGUGACACCGACGAGUAAUGCGUGGUUCCCUCUGCAGGAAGAGCUAGUUGAGCCAACGACAGUGGCCAUGGCGGCGGGGGAGGCAUUUUCCCCUGACGAGUUCCAGCUUGGUAGUCGAGCCAAGUUUGGUAAUAGGAAAGUGGUAUCGAAAUCUUGGACUUCCCGCAGGCCCAGCGGAUGUGCAGCGGUUUCACAACCCUCCACAUCAGAUGCGGGUUGCCAGCUAUCAGAGUUAUCGGCUCCACGUCGGAGGUAUGUAAGCGAGAGCGUGGUUGAACAUGAAGCUGGUGAUCAGUUGUUGAGACAGGUGAUCAGGCUGGAGGAGGACAACCGGAAGCUACAGGACCGAAUACGGCAUUUGGAGCAGCGGAGACGAGGACUGGAGGAGACUAAAUCAGAUAAUGGGAGUGAGAGACUGUUGGAAACCUUGGAUCGCGACGGCUCUUUGGUGCCUCUUCGUAGUUACCAGCAUUUUAUCCUUCCGGCAGGUGAGGGUGUGCGUGGAAUGGCCGUUUAUGUUAAAAAUAGUAUACCGGCUGAAUUAGUUUCAACUCCUGGGAAAUGUGGGGGAAUUGAGUACAUAGCAGUAAGACUUAGACUUGCCGAAGGCUAUUUUGUUUUAGUUAAUGUGUAUGUGAGUCAGAACUCACUAAAGUUCGAACACUUACCAGACUCGGUGUUUCGGGAACCUACCUUGCUGGUCGGGGAUUUAAAUGCCAGACAUGCUGUGUUAGGCUCGUCUGGCAGUAGUAAUUGGAAUGGUACUGUAUGGCACCAGUUUCUCAGUGAUUGCGAUGAAGCACGCUUACUUGGGGAUAACUCACCCACUCACUUGCAGGGAGGGAGGAUAGAUUAUGCAUGCUUGUUUAAUAUUCAAGGCAUGGAGGGUAAAUGUACAGUGAUUUCAGAGCUGUUAAGUGAUCAUUUUGCGCUUUAUGUUGAGUUACCCCUGCGAAAAGCAUGUGGCGGCCAUAGUAGAGUUAGGUAUUUCAUUAAUGAUAACAACAGGGAGAUAUUUCUUCGUAGCAUGAAUGAGUGGUACAGUGCUUAUCAUCCGCAUGAUGUUGACACUUUCUAUGAAGAUCUCGUUGCACAGAUAGCUGCAUUGGUCGACAAAAAAAAUCAAACUGUAAACACACCUCCAUGA